UGGGGCCUGAUUGCGGAGCAACACAAGUGCCACAGCUCACCAACUCUCCCGCCAAAUCCUCUUCACCCAAACCAGCAACAUCUUCUAUAUACCUCGGCGCUCCAAGAAUCCUCGCAACUUGCGAUCGAGUACGUCCACGGCCGGCCAUGGCGUUCCCCUCCCUCGCCGGCUUCCUCGCGCGCCGCCCGCUGCUGCUCUACGCCGCCACGUGGACGGCCGUCGCCACCAUGGCCGUGGCCGUGGCCGCGUUCGCGCCGGAGCUCGCGUUCGUCUGGGCGGUGACCCCCGGCGCGCCGCUCUCCAGGGCGUGCCCGGGUGGCGGCGAUGGGAUCAGCGUCGGCCUGCCGCUCGACGGGCCGCCGUGGGACGUCGUAUGCGUGCCCGUCGGCAUGUUCGGCCGGGCCGCGCCGGACAUCGUCGUCCCACUCGCGUUCGCCGUCGUGGUGGUGGCUGGCGCUGUCUGGUUCACGACGGCCGUUGGGGUGUGGGAGGAUGACGAUGACAACGACGAGGCACCAGCUGCUACUGUAGAACAAGUGUAGGCUGUGAUGCUGGAUCAG